AUGACGUCACAGGGGUUACUGGGCAGUCUUUCAUCCCCCAUUAGUUCCACUAACUACAGGGCACGUGAUCCCACCUGUCCGCACGUAGCUCAGGGCGAAACAAACAACUUCGUGAUCAACGACGGUUUCUAUCGCAAGGUGUCAUCUGAUCGUAUUGAAGUGUUGGCCACUUCUGCUUUCUUGAGCGACGACAGUGCUUUGUACGACCCAUGCAAAGAUUUAUAUCUACAAGCUGUCAGCCUAACGGUCAAAGGUCACGUAAAAUGGAACGGACGUAAUGUUUACAUUACCGCUGUCAAUCUUACAGUUGUUGGCGACACAGCUAUUAUUGAUGCAUCUUAUCAAUCGCGUGGGCUGCCAAAUUACGAUAUCGUAGCCGAUGACGGAGUUUUGCCUGGGGAUCCGGGACGUGAUGGUCAACCAGGUGGUCGGGGUCAACAAGGCGGUGAAAUCAAGAUACAUGUCGGGUUUCUGUUUGGGGGUCAGUUAGUAGUCAAAGCCGCGGGCGGUAAAGGCGGCGAUGGGCAAGAUGGCGGCAACGGUCGUGAAGGGUCAGCAGGGUUACCAAAUAGAGACUCCGGUGCAUGCUGUAGCGGAAGGUCAACUAGAGGUCAUGAGGGCGGCAAAGGAGGGGAUGGUGGGAAACCGGGGAAAGCUGGAGACGGUGGUCGUGGCGGCGACAUUCAAGUACUGUUUCUGAACGAAACCUGGAAAGACUUGCGGUUGUUAAAAACGUCCAUUACACCCUUGCUUAAUGUGAGCGGCGGGGAGUCUGGAGCUCCGGGAAGUCCAGGUAAGCCAGGUCAUGGAGGACCCGGCGGAAUGGGAAGCCAGACCCGUUGUCGAACACAUGGUUGGUGGUUCAGGAAGAAAAAAAUGUGCGAAGGUCCAAAUGACGACAGCGGCCCACGGGGACAGACUGGCAAAACUGCACCGCCGCUUAAACCCGCGAAGAAAGGACCAGACGGCUUUGCAACGUGUCGAGCAAUUCAAAUGAACGAAUUCUCAAAAUAUGUAUCCAAGGAGCUCGUGCAAAUAGCUUUCCGUGAGGGAAAUAGAUAUUACAAGAACGGCGAGUUUGAGUCGGCCAGAGACGUAUACAUAUGGGUCUACUUGACAUCCAGAGAAUCCAACGACACGGAGAAUCAGCUGUGUGCAAGUCAGUCCGUAGUUUACCUUCGACAAAUGGCACACGGUUUGGAUUAUUGGGCUCAUGGACCCAACAAUGUGCCUACAAACUCAUACAACAAUAUCUACAGUUAUCUGACGUCAGAUAUCAUACCCUACGCCAAAAACGUGGAAGCUGAUUACGAUUUGUACUUCGACAAAUCCGCUGAAAUUACACGAAAACUGAAUAUUAUUAAAGAAGGUGCCGCUCACAAUCGUUUCAACAUGGAGGUGUUGAAUGAAGCCAAAGAAGAUAAAGCAAACGAACUCACUGAGGUCAAAGUCGAAUUAGAUGAAAUUAUUCACAAUCAACUUGAAGCGCGUGUGAUGGCCGAGGGGAUAUCGUCGAAUUGUAAGAACGCUGUAGAUCGAUAUCUGUUCGACAAAAGUGUUAAAAUGCUCUUCAAAGAUAUCCUGAAUAUCAUCAGCUCUGCUAUCAAUAUAUUCUCCUCGGUGGUCGAUGGCGCAACUUCUCUUGCUGGUGCUUUUGGGGACUUUGUUGGCGCACUGGAAGCCAUGAAUGAACUAUCGGGGAAAGAUUUCAUCGGCAAAAUCAGUGGAAUUGAAACUAUUAUAAAAAACAUAUCAGAGAUAUUUGACAGAACAAAACAAUCAAUCGACUCUACUAUUGAUAAUAUCGAAAAACAAUACAAUAAAAUAAAAGACGCACUAGAGUCUGUAGAAGAGAGGAAUUCAGCAAAGAUUGUAGUCGAUGGUAAAGAACUGGAAAAGUUAUUAGAUGAGUACCUGUUCCUACCAGAGUGUACUGAUGCAAAAAGUAAACUUCGUAACUACAUAAGUAUAUCACAGUCUGUAAACGACAAGAUUCUUCAUCACGAUUCCAUCGUUCUUCGUAUAGCCGCACUAGAAGCUCAGAUUGUGGUUCUAGAAUCAGAGGAAACACACUUGAGAAGCCAGGAAAGCAAAGAGUUUGACCCAAAUACUUUAUCCUACGCCAUCGCUGUAAGUCGUGUGUAUAUAGAUCUGAAAGACUCCAUUGUGAACCAGAUGAAGCGAUUACAAGAAGCCUACAAUUACCAAUUCCUAGACAACCGCGUCUUUCGUUAUGAUGAUUCCCGAAUAGCAAUGAUAGAAGCAUGGGUAGCAAAUAAUCGAAUGCACAUGAUGGAUAGGAUUGAGAUGAUGGGAAGUGAAAUGCAGACAUUUAACCUGAACUCCCCUCCAAUGACCAAUAGCCUGAUCCUAAAGCGUGAAGAUAACCCUAAAGGUUUCCAUGAGCUUGACCAGACUGGUUUGCUAAUGUUCAGUAUUACGGGUGAGGAAGACCAACUGGCCCCUCUCACGAAUGUACAGAUUCUGGAUGUGCGUGUUUGGGUGCCGGGUGUCAAAAUCGAUAAGAACAGCCUAAUAGUUUGGUUAAAACGAUAUGGUACCUCUACUGUAUAUGAUCAGGAUGGUGAUCGCUGGACUUUUACGCACGCGCCACGAACAAUGCUUUUCAGCUAUAACAUUGACGAACUUGCUGCAUACUCACACAGUAGUGUUUCAUCCAAUCAUCUUAGCUACUACAUUGAAAACACAGAAUUCAACUUGGGGAAGUCUGAUGCUUUUUCAUCCCUUAGUCCCAUUGGACCAUGGGCUAUAAGCAUCUCAUCAAAAUAUAACCCAGGUGUUGAUACUAGAGGAGUAGAAGAAAUAUACCUCCAGCUGGCAUACACGUUUCUUCCUUGUUCUCCUCCAGUAUGCCAUCCACAGUCACUGCCAUACAAUUAUAGCGAUGCUGAUAUUCAACUUGAUCCUCAUGCUCCUGAUCUGCCAGAGUUUGAUGAAAAUGAAGACAUUCCCUCUGGAUCUGAUGGAAUUGGCAACGUGUCUAUAGUGGUUGUGACGUUGGCUGCAUUUGUAGGAGUCGCAGUGGUCACUUUAUUCGUAGCUGUACUCGUGCGUGGAUAUCGUAAAAAACGGCAAGUUUAUGACAACAUAUCAAUGACAUGGGAUUAUUCCAACAAUGAAAGAGCCCCAUUAACCGCUGUACAGGCUGAAAGACCGGACCCAUGGGAUGACGAUGAACUUGACAAAUCUAAAAGGAGGAUAUAG